AUGUCUACCUCACCUCCUGAUUCUCUCACGACAAAUAAUUGUGCCGUGUGCCAAACACCUGCGAAGCUAUAUUGCUCAGCAUGCAAGCUAGUAAAAUAUUGCGGCGCUGAUCAUCAGAGGCAGCACUGGAAGCAACAUAAAACCGAAUGCCGGCCAUUUCGCACAGCCAAAGACAAGGUUUUAGGUCGCUUUUUAAAAGCCACGCGCCCAAUUAAAGCUGGCACUGUUAUUUUCGCUGAAAUGCCUAUUAUUGUCGGUCCAAAGUGGUAUCUAAAUGAGCGCGAGGAACAAGUGCCUGUUAUGCCAUGCGUGGGUUGUUUCACACCUUGUCGAAUGGGAGCACAUCAUUGUCCCAAAUGCCUUUGGCCAACAUGUUUACCGAACUGCGGUGGGUUAGAUAACCCUAAUCUUCAUGGUCUUGAAUGUUCUAUAUUAAUGUUGGGACCUGGACCCGCUUCCUCGGAUCCCCGUUCACUCAUGGACUACUAUCGCUCUGAUGCCUUGGUUGUCUUAAAAUGUUUGUUGCUACAACGUCAAAAUCCCAAAAAAUGGACUGAAUUAAUGGACAUGCAAAGCCAUGAGGUGGAACGCGUUGGCUCCGAGCUACACAAUGAUGCAGAGAAAAGGGUUGUGUCUUAUCUUCAACGAAACUUCCUACAACGCCUUAAAAGUGUGGAGCAAAAACAAAAGGAAAAAUAUCUGCAAGAGUAUGACACAGCGGUACUACAUCGAAUUUGCGGUAUCAUUGAGACGAAUUAUAUGUGCAUCAGCUUACCGUCUGGCAUGGAGUUAAGUGGUGUUUACUACACCGCCUGCAUGAUGGAACACGCUUGCCAACCAAAUUGUUAUUUUCAAUUCGAUCAGCGCAAAGGCUUCAGAAUCUCUGUCAUAGCCGGCAGAGAUAUUGAACGUGACGAACACCUGAUUAUUAUGUACUCGAAUAUGCUGUGGGGCACACAGAUGCGUCAGGAACACUUGGCAAUGACAAAGCAUUUCCUUUGUAAAUGUGAACGCUGUCGCGAUCCCACCGAGUAUGGUUCGCAUUUCAGUACAAUGCUAUGUAUGGGCGAUGAGGGCGAGUCAUGUGAUGGCAUUCACUUGCCAAAGGAUCCACUUGAUAUGAAAAGUGAUUGGGCAUGCACCAAGUGCCCUAUCAUGAUCAGUGGGGAAGAGGUGCGAUAUCUUCUCACGCAAAUGACCGAAGAAGUUGACAAUCUACUAUCACGCAAGCCCACAGUUAAGCAAUUGGAAGCACUGAUUAACAAGCUUUCGAAGUUUUUGCACCCCCAUCACUACCAUUUAUUCAAUUUGAAGCACACGCUCAUACAACUCUACGGCACCGAAAUCGGCUACUCACUGAAAAAUUUAAGUGACUCUCUUCUGAAUAAGAAAUUACAGUUGUGCGAGGAACUCUAUGACAUUUGCCAGAAACUGGAUCCAUACACUAUUCGUUUGUCCAUUUACGUGGGUAUUAUUUUGUUUGAAAUGCAAACGGUUCAGAUUGAGCACGGUAAGCGCUUGCUUGCAAACGCCAUCAAGCGCGAAGAGCAAGUCGCCACGGCAUUGAAUUAUUUCAAUUCCGCUCGCGAGAAACUGCUGAAAGCUGCUAAGAUCUUGGAGAAAGAGCUGGACAAUGUGGCAGGUAGCAAAUUGAGCGAUGCUGUAUUGAAAUCACUUAGCGAAUUGGAUACGCUAAUCAACAACAAUAGCUAAUUGUAUUUUUGUAGUCAUCCAACGAUCGUUUUUCAAUAUUAAUACAUUUUUUAAAAUGAACAUCAUCUUAAACAAUAUUUUGCCUCGAUAGAUUCCAGUAAUGAAUGUUUAAUUUAUUGAAAAUCAACUCGUCUUUUUACCAUGUUGCAUUCGCAUUUCUUAUUUACUUUCGUAAACAUGAAGUAUAAGAAAACAAAAAUAACAAAUAGUAAUGUCUGUCUUGCGUUUUUAAUUAAAUUUAAAUCUUGUUUACAUAAGAGUCUUAGAGUUUAUUUAAAUACAAUGAAUAUAGCUUUUUCAUUCAGCAUUAGUUAAAUAUGUCAACUGGUUCUUGAGGGGCAUCCAAGUCCCUGUACUGUGUUAAUUGACGAUACUUAUUAGCGGGUCUGUAAGCAUAUAAA